GAUAUUCUCGAUUAUUCCUCUGACGACAACUGGACUGCACACAAUAUACUGUUUACUGCACAGUUUUUUUUCAACACAAAAAAAAGAAGAGAUUCUUGCGAUUCUUUCUUACUGAAUUAACUGAAUUAAUUGAAAUGACAAAAUUCAAGGAGUCUUUUUUACUAUUAUUUCUCAUUUUUAUAAAUUUUACCUUCGGCGAUGUGUUUUUUAACGUGGUGAAUCGUGAGGAUCCUUGUGUUAACCUUUGCGAGAAAAUAACAACCCUAACAAUUACGAAGGAUACUACGAAGUACAUGAAAUCGUGUUGUCAAAGGGGUUGUAGGUUUUUUAAUUUAGUCGAUCUCAGUCAAGGUUUUAUCAAUGAAGGUUUUAAUGGAACGGCAAUUAUGGCCUGUGAAGCAUCGUGUUCGGAAGCUUACACAGUAACUCAGGAUCGUGAUGCAUGCAAAGCAGGUUGUAAUUAUAUGGCGAAACAAAGAAUUUCGGAUUUAUUGUCACUUUUCUCCGUGGCUGUUUACGUUGAAGAAAAUGUCGGCAUUGACACGAAUGCUUUACUCAUGUCACCUGAAAUACCGGAAACCGAUAUUUUGACAGAUCCAAGUUUGAGAAAGGAAUUACUUCCCGGCUGGUGGGACUCUGAUGGAUUUAAAUUGCCUCAAACUUUUGUGAAAACAGUCCCAAUGGACUCUGGGACUGUGGAUUAUGGAAUUCCAUCCGACUAUUCUGGAGAGAACGAGCAAUCCGCAUCGCUUCCUGGUUCCGAUUGGUUGCAAUGUGCAUCUCGUCACACUGGAAUUCCCCGAUGGCUAUUGGGUUCGGCAAUUUGUGGAGCUGCACUCUCAAUCCUCUGGCUCUGCCUCUUCCCCAAGGAGCAAAGUGAUUUUGACAUUGGCAUCAAGGAGACUGACACUGAAAAGCAAAAUCUUCCGAGCAAAAUGAUGGUCUAUAUUCCUGAUGAGGCUCCUCUUUACCAAAGUCCACCACCCAAAUACAGUGAUUUAAAGGUUUAACUUUUUUUUCUUCAUCAAACCCAAUUUAUUUUCUUUAGAAUCAUUUUAAACUUGUUCCUAAAAAGAAAACAAUUUAUCAUGAAAUCAAAAUUUUCAACAAAAACAAAUAAAUAUGCAGGUACAUUUUAAAUAUAUGAAUAUAUACAAAAAAAAAAAAUUACGAGUCAGAUGAAAAAUCUUUCAGUCAUCAAAGUAAUUAGAGCGUCAAAAGUUUGUGUCUCUAAUGACUCGAGUUAAAAAUUAAAAACAUUCAAAGAAAUAGAACUUCGACUAUAGUUAUAAAGUAGAAAACAAAAUUUGGCAGAAUUUUUACAUAUACUUUUAAUCUCAUCACAUGAGAAGGUAUUAUCAUUUAAUUAAUUAAAUUACUAACUAAUUAAUUGUCUGACUAAUUAAUUACCUAAUUAAUUAAUUGACUAAUUAAUUAACUACUUAAUUGUCUAACUAAUUAAUUAAUUACAUAAUUUAAUUAACAUUAAAAUAACCGAUGUUUACAUUGUGUUUUAUCUAGUAAGCUAGCUGUGUAUUAUUCCAAAAAAAAAUGCCAUUUUUACGUCAUGCAAUUUUUUCUUUUGUCUUUUGAUAGCAAUUUUAUGUAGAUUUGAUGCACUGCGUAGUGAAAGUGAUAGUGAAAAUUGGCAAUUAUUUUUAUGAUGAUGAAUGUCAUUUUAAUAAAAGAAAACCUAUAUCGUUUUGAUAUAAACUUAAAAGUAAAAUAAUCUAAUCUCAACAUGUUUUCUUUUUUUAUUCAGAAAUAUUUUUUCAUUCUUUUCUAAAAUACGAGAGUAAUUUAUAUUUGCUAAUUAAUGAUAAAUUCAAAAUAUCGUAUUUAUUACAAAAAAAAGAAAUAUCUUACAAAAUGUAAUAAUUAAUACUUCAAAUUAAUUUGUUCUAAAAAGUAAAAAACAUUUUAAAAAACCAUUAAGAAAAACGUCAACAAAGAAACGUUAAAAAUAAAAAAACAUACAAUGUUUUAAACCUAAAAUUAUUCUACAUUUUCUCUAAAUGUAUGUACGUAUUUAUAUAAGAAUAUUAUAAAAAAAAGCUUUAUUAUAGGAGCUUGUAUUAAGGAAUUUUAAAAAACAGGGAGAGAUAAUCAUUUUUUCGCUUUUUUACAUUAAAAAAAAAAAUAUUCAUCGAUAAUAUUGACUAUAGAGAAUUUGUUUUUAAUUAAAAUUUAGUAUUUAUUUUCUCAUUAUAGUGAUCGUGUGAUUAUAGUACAACGAAUGCAAAAAAAUUUUCCAUUUACAGCAAAUCCUAGAAAAAAAUAACUUGUGCUCAAGUAAUUACUUUUUUUGAAUAGUAUUGAAAAUAUUAUUCAAAAGAAAACAAAAAAAUUGU